UUACAGUUGCUUUUCAGUUGUCAUGGUUACAAUUCUGCAUCCAAAAUGGCGUCUUUGCUCGGAGAGCAUCUUUUUGAAAUUAGUGGUCAGGGUCCACCUCCUCAAAAAGAUUUUUUCCAACUUCUUAUUACCAAAGAUGAGGUAAUAUGGAGAUCAUGGGAGAUUUCUGUGCGACUCGACGCCCGGGGCGCUGCACCCAAAGAGCUGAAGACAUCCCAUUCUGAUUUUAUACAUCAGAAAAUGCUACAGCAACAAGUUGGUAAUGUUUUCGGGGAGAGGAUCCUGGAACACACAAGAUCACUUUGUCAAGGAAAGUUUGAUUACCUGGAGCGCUUACCUGAUGACAUAAUGCUCCAAAUCCUGUCCUACCUAGAGCUAAAAGAUACGACACUGCUGGCACAGGCUUCACAGAGAUUCAGAAAGCUCUGCAACUCUGAGAAGUUUUGGGAGCAGACUGUGAGGAAUCGCUGUGCUGAGUUUACCUGUGACAUGGAGGGCAUAGGAAAUUGCAUGGGCUGGAGGAAGAUGUUUUUUACCUUUUUCCACACUAGUGGCAGCGAGGAGCAGCAGUGAAGCAACUGAUCAGUUGUAUUACUGUUUUGAAACAACUGUAAUACAAAUGCUAUCACAGUAGAUGGAUAGUCAGUAUUAAUGCUGUACUAGUUUGUGAAACAAGAGCCAGUGUUUUCAUUGAGGUUUAUUGAGUGUUAAAUUUACUGUUGAGAUGUGUGAUUUACAAAAAAGUGUAUAUUGUAUUAGUUUAAAAGUGCCAAAUAUUCUUCAAAACAAAUCAGUAUUUGUAUGUGUUGCUACUUUCUUGUUAAACUUUGGAUGAUUACAAUUACCACCAGUAUGCAAUGAAUAAAUGUUGUCACUUGCAAGUUA